UUGUCACAAUACUGUCCCUUCAGUUUGGGUCAGGAUUUCCAGAUAGGUGAAAGCCUCAAAGAUAUCCACUGCUCCAGUCAACUUACAUUAUCUGACACAGUUCUUGUACAACUGUGGACAUACUGUGGGGCAUCAGGAUGGAGAACCCACAGCAUGUUACAUUUCUGCUAGUUGCUUUCAUUGUGUCAUCUGCUCAAGGGACUGCCGAGGCUGGCUCCAGUGAAAUGUCAACAAAUAGAUCCCAACCGAUAUUGAACAUGGCACAUUACUCCCUCGAUGACAAGUACGAAGGCUGCCUGGCGAGCAUGCAGAGCAUCCUGAAGUCUCUCAUGCUAAGUGAGCUGAAUAUGUCUGAGAUCUAUAAGGAAGCAUGGGAGGAAGGACUGUUUAAUUGGCAGGAGAACCAGUCCAAGUUAUACCCCAAGAAUAUGGAAGAGCUCUCUGAAGUGGCUAUCUGGGCAUACACUGGAGCAUACCCUUCACUCUACAGGAAGUUCAAUGCUGCCACCCGCACAGCAGGAAAAGGGCCUAAGGAAUAUGAGGCCUACCCUUUCAAGUCCCUGCAUUUCCUCUUAACCCAGGCAACCCUGUCAUUCAAACGAAAGGACCACAAAUGUGUUAAGGUCUACAGGGGAACUGGUGUGAAGUUUUCCAUCAAUGACCUCUUCAGGUUUGGGCAGUUCACUUCCACAUCAGAGAACUCGAUUGUGGCUGAAGUGUUUCAGACUGUAACCUUUUUCAAAUUGUUCACCUGCGAGGGGAUUGAUAUAAGUAAGAUGUCACUUUUGAAAGAAGAGGAGGUGUUGGUCCCUCCCUAUGAGAUUUUCAAGGUCACGUCAGUUGAAGACACCCCAGAUGGCCAGACCGUAGAUGCCAAGUCAGUGGGGACUUGCAGCUACCACAACUGUGCUUUUGAGGGGAAAGGUUGGGAUAAUAACCAAGCCUGUCCUGGACAUCAAGUGCUGUAUUUCUGA